GAGAUUGGCUGACGCAGCUUAGAGGCGAGCGGGGAUAGGUUACUGGGCGGGCGGAAGGUUUGAAUGGUCAACGCUUGCGGCUGUUGAUAUUCUUGCUCGCAGGCCAUAACUUUGGCCUGCGCGGGGAAGACGCUGAGUCCGACGUUGGCCUACCCAGUCGGGAGGCAGAGUUGCAGUCUGGUUAACUGCCUCCUUUCCCCCAGAUUUUCUUUCAUUCUGCUCGAGUCUUCGCCUGUGUCCGAUCCCUAUCCACUUUCCCUCCUCUUGUAGGCAAGCCUCAGACUCCAGGCUUGAGCUAGGUUUUGUUUUUCUCCUGGUGAGAAUUCGAAGACCAUGUCUACGGAACUCUUCUCAUCCACAAGAGAGGAAGGAAGCUCUGGCUCAGGACCCAGUUUUAGGUCUAAUCAAAGGAAAAUGUUAAACCUGCUCCUGGAGAGAGACACUUCCUUUACUGUCUGUCCAGAUGUCCCUAGCACUCCAGUGGGCAAAUUUAUUGGUGAUUCUACAAACCUAAGCGUUUUGUCUGGGUCACCUGGAUUCUUCAGGACUUCAGGAAGUGCAUUUAGCUGGGAUGCACAGCUUCUCUGUAGCACUCCGAAUGGUUUGGACCGUGGCCAUAGAAAGAGAGAUGCAAUGUGUAGCUUAUCUGCAAAUAAAGAAAAUGAAAACGGCACUUUGAAGCCCUUGGAGUGUCAGGCACCCAGGAACCUGAGGUUUCAAAAGAGACCAGGGGAACCUUAUGUGUCUCCUCUUUCUCUGCUGGACAACGGAAACUUGGUGGACAGUGAAAUGAAAUAUCUGGGCAGUCCUAUUACUGCUCCAAAGUUGGAUACAAAUCCAAACCUAGGAGAAGACCAGGCAGAAGAGAUUUCAAAUGAAUUAAUGGAGUUUUCCCUGGAAGAUCAAGAAGCAAAGGCAUCAGUGAACAGAAGCUGCCUAUAUCGCUCCCCCUCGAUGCCAGAGAACUUGAAUAGGCCAAGACUGAAGCAGGUGGAAAAAUUCAAGGACAACACGAUACCAGACAAAGUUAAAAAAAAGUAUUUUUCUGGCCAAGGAAAACUCAGGAAGGGCUUACAUUUAAAGAAGACAGUCUCUCUAUGUGACAUUAAUAUCACUCAGAUGCUGGAGGAAGAUUCUAACCAGGGGCACCUGAUUGGUGAUUUUUCCAAGGUAUGUGCACUGCCAACCGUGUCAGGGAAACACCAAGAUCUGAAGUAUGUCAACCCAGAAACGGUGGCUGCCUUACUGUCGGGGAAGUUCCAGGGUCUGAUUGAGAAGUUUUAUGUCAUUGAUUGUCGCUAUCCAUAUGAGUACCUGGGAGGACACAUCCAGGGAGCCUUAAACUUGUAUAGUCAGGAAGAACUGUUUAGCUUCUUUCUAAAGAAGCCCAUUGUCCCUUUGGACACCCAGAAGAGAAUAAUCAUCGUGUUCCACUGUGAAUUCUCCUCAGAGAGGGGCCCCCGAAUGUGCCGCUCUCUGCGUGAAGAGGACAGGUCUCUGAACCAGUAUCCUGCAUUGUACUACCCAGAGCUAUAUAUCCUUAAAGGCGGCUACAGAGACUUCUUUCCAGAAUAUUUGGAGCUGUGUGAACCACAGAGCUACUGCCCUAUGCAUCAUCAGGACCACAAGGCUGAGUUGCUGAGGUGUCGAAGCCAGAGCAAAGUGCAGGAAGGGGAGCGGCAGCUGCGGGAGCAGAUUGCCCUUCUGGUGAAGGAUGUGAGCCCGUGACAACAUUCCAACCACUGGCUGCUAAGGAGUCACCAAAAGACACUGCAGAAACCCUGAGCAGAAAGAGGCCUUCUGGAUGGCCAAACCCAAGAUUAUUAAAAGAUGUCUCUGCAAACCACCAGGCUGCCAACUUGUAUACAGGCCUGGGAAUGGCUUCGGUUUCAGCAGAGCUGAAAGCUGGUGGCAGAGUCCUGGAGUGGCUCUAUAAGGCAGACUUGAGUUGCAGAGAGAUUUUUGUUGGUUCAGGGAACUCUGGCAUUCCUCUUCCCAACUCCUCGUGUCUUCUCAUAGGCCAGCCAACUCUUUCUCUCUGGGCUUCUGGCUAUGCAAGAGAGUUGUCUACCCUCUUUCUUUGUAUUUUCCUUCUUUGUUUCCCCCUCUAUUUUAAAACUGGAAAAAUAAAUGAGAGGUGUGAUUGUGA